AUGAAAAGGUUGAAUAAAAAUGUGUUUUCCAUAUUUAAAAAAUACAACUCAUCAUAUAUUUGCUUUGAUGAAAAUAAACAAAACUUAAAAAAAUUUUGUAAUAUAAAAAAUAUCGAGCUAAGAAAAAAUAGGCAUACAAAUAAAACUGAAAUUUUUAUAGAUGACAAACUUUUAUUAACUAAUAGGAAAAAUGUGUUUUCUUUAAAAAAUCAAGAUUUGUGUUUAUUAAUAAAAUUGGAAAUAUUGAGAAAUAAAAAUAAUAUGGAUGUUCUGAAAACUCCGAUAACAUUAUGUGUGAAUAACUUAAUCGAUUUUAUCAAUUUAAAAGAACAUAAAAAGAUACCAAAAAAUUAUGACAACGAAAAUGAUAACAAGGGUGACAACAUAUAUGAUAAUUAUAAUAAUAAUAAUAAUAAUAUUAAUAUUCAUAAUAAUAAUAAACAUGCUGUAGAUUUAUUUGAAAUAGAAAGAAAACUUAUGGAAAAAAAAAUAUAUGAAAAUUUUAUUAAUGAUCUCAUUUUUUAUAUAAAUAAUUAUGAACAACAUGAUUUUAAUAUACAACAAAAUUCUCUACAUGAUAUAAAAAAAACUAUUCAUUUACCAAACUGUUUAAAUUAUAUUAAUAAAUAUCAUAUUAAUAACUUAUAUCAAGAACAAAAAUAUACAUAUAAUAAAUUUAUUAAUCUCUUUCAACAUAUUCAUAAUAUUAAAUUAAAUACAGCUAGCCAUUUCGAAACACCUGAACAAAAUCUGGAUGUUCAGGAAAAAAUACAAAAAUUAAUAAAAAACAUGAACAAUUCAGAAAUUUUCUUAUUCUAUAAAUGUACACAAUAUUUGAAUUCAUUUAUAUUUACUUAUUUAUUUUUAAAUAGGUAUAUAAAUUAUAAAGAUGUUUAUCGUUAUUGUAAUUUGGAAUAUAUAUAUCAGUUUUUUAAAUGGGGAUAUGUAUAUGAUGUAAAUAUAAUGAAGGAUGCCAACACGCUCUUGAUGUUAUCAACCCUUCGUUUAAUAAACAAAAUGAUGCAAUGA